CAAGUAUUGAUAUCGGAGACUAUGUUUAAUAGGAGCAACCUUUUGUUAAAUUAUGUUACGUUUGCUAGUGCUAGAAGGUUGUAUGUAAGUGCUGGGACGGAUAAUAACAAUGAAACUGUUAAUUGAUAAACAGCAAAUGCAAUGGAAAGGGACUCUAAAAUGCAGAACUUUCGGGUCGUAGUCAUGGGGACCGGUGGCGUCGGGAAAAGUUCUAUUAUAAGCAAAUUCAUGAACGACAAAUUCACUGAAAUUCAUAAAGAAACUAUAGAAGAACUGCACAGACACCGGAUGCGGUUUGACAGUGUGAGUGUUGAAAUAGACAUUCUAGACACGGCCGGAUCUCUUCAGUUCCCGGCGAUGAGAAAACUUGCAAUAGCAACAGGGGAUGCAUUCCUUCUUGUUUUCUCUGCUAAUAACCCGGAAAGCUUUGAAACUGUUAAACACCUUCGAGAUGAAAUUAGAGAGCAGAAACAAAAGGGACAGUACUCAAUCGUUGUUAUUGCAAAUAAAACUGAUUUAGACACCGAAGAUAGUCACUCACACGCGGUGACCGAGUCGGUUGUGUGUAUGGACUGGGAGGAAAAGUUUAUAACUACAUCUGCCAAAACAGGUGACAAUAUUGACAUUGUCUUUCAAACUCUUGAAAAUAAAAUUAGGGAAAGAAUAACGCUUGAAAAGAAACGUCUGUCAUUUUUCAGAAGGAUUUCAAUGCCAGUGAUGAGACUAACCAACUCGGAAACGGCAGCUACAGGAUUUAUGGAGAUCAAAUCUCGAACACGUUCGAUGAAAAAAUAAAAAAAAAUGAUAUUUUUUUAUCUGUUCAUAAAUGAAAUAUUUUGUUUGUUUGUUUUUAAAGUCAAAUAAAUACUAUGUGUUCAAUUUUACCAAACUAGAUGCACGUUCCAUGUGAACGGCAUCAGUUAGUCAAAUAUCCUGUAUGUUAUUUUAGUAUACUAAGUAUGAUAUUUUUUACCAUUCUGUCUUAAUACUACUAUCAGGUCAGUUAUAAAAAAUGCAAUCUUAUAUUGUACUGCUAGGAGUUAAUUUGCUUUAUUCUUUAUGUAAAUUAACGAUUAGUUUCGCAGAGCGUUUUGUACGAUUUAUAUUAAAGAGAGAGCUAGCAACUGGAUUUUAUCUUAACAGCAAAGGUACUUCACUCCUACUCACAUUGACAUUUGCUUAUUCGUUCUGUUGUUGGCGUUGGAUACGUUCAACCUGUGAAACCAUUUAAUUGAAUGUACUCGAUGUCAAUACAGGCUUA